AUGUACAAGACAAUCCUCGCACCCACCCUAUUCUCCGCGCUGGUCGCAGGCCAUGGCCAUAUCACCAACAUCGUGAUCAACGGUGUCUCAUUCGGAGGCUGGGACAUCAACAGUUAUCCUUACACAGAUUCGCCGCCGACUGUCGUGGCAUGGGGGACUCCAAAUACCGCCAAUGGUUUCAUCUCGCCAGGUCAAUAUACUACCUCUGAUAUCAUCUGCCACGUCAAUGCAACCAACGCCAAGGGACACGCCGUGGUAGCUGCCGGUGACAAGGUCUUCCUUCAAUGGACUGACUGGCCUGAGACACACCACGGCCCGGUGAUCGAUUACCUGGCAAACUGUGGCUCAGCAGGCUGCGAGACCGUCGACAAAACCUCGCUCGAGUUCUUCAAGAUUGAUGGUGUCGGACUGGUGGAUGAUACCACCGUACCUGGAAUUUGGGGUGACGACCAACUUAUUGCUCAAGGAUCCUCGUGGAUGGUUGAGAUUCCUCCCACUAUCGUGCCUGGAUACUAUGUUUUGCGACAUGAGCUGAUUGCCCUCCACAGCGCUGGUGAGCAGGGAGGUGCUCAGAACUAUCCCCAGUGUUUUAAUCUACAGGUUACUGGAUCUGGAACCGAUGUUCCAGCUGGUGUCCUCGGUACCGCACUGUACAGUCCAACUGAUGCCGGCAUCUUGGUCAACAUCUAUACUUCUCUGUCAACAUACGUCGUCCCAGGUCCGACAUUAUACAGUGGCGCAGUCUCAAUCACACAAGCAACAUCCGCAAUCACAGCCUCCGGAACGCCUAUCAAUGGACCAGGCAGUGCAGGCAGCGCAGGCACUACAACCACAGCCCAAACCACCGCGACAGUCAGCGCAUCCACAACAUCAUCUACCAUUACUGUCAAUCCCACAACUGAGGUGCCUACAACGCUAGCAACCACCACUUCGACCACCACCCGGGCGAGUACCACCACAUCCACCGCAGCUGCAGGAAGCGGCGCGACCCAGUCUGUAUACGGCCAGUGCGGAGGAAGCGACUGGAGUGGAGCGACGGUCUGCAGCACUCAAGCCACCUGCUCCUCGAUGAAUCCCUACUAUUCGCAGUGUGUUCCUACAGCCGCUUGA